AUGAAACUGGAGGUCGUGAAAAAGCCAUCCUCCUCCCAUAAUUCUGGGGAUGAUGUAGAGAAUAACGAUUCAGAGAGCUACACAAAUCCCGACCGGACGGGCGAUGAUCCUGCUGAGGCCACAUCCAUCCUCUCUCUCCAUAGCCGUGAGACGGAGGAAGGAGCCGUCCACGAAUCUGACUCGGCUCCUACUCCUCCUUCUUCCGGGAGCCUACCUUCUCAUAACGACGAGAACGCAUCGGUGGAGCGCGUUUGGGAAACCGACCUGCUUCCACAUCCUCUGGAGGUUAACCCGGUGUCUUCCUCUCAACCACAACCACAAUCUACCGUGGAAUGCGGCCCAGAGCCUUUCCCGGAUUACGACGAGGGGUGUGAGAUAAAUUUACCGGCCAUAGAAUGUGCUCUUGAGGUGGCCUACAUCUACGCCCUGUCUCAUGAGUCGUUCUACAGUCGCCGGCGAGAGGCAGACUACCUCCACACUUGCCAGGGAGAAGCUGCUAGAGCUAGCACCCCUGAUCAGGUGUCUGGGCCAGUUAACGGCCACCCUCCCACCCCGGAGGCUGCUACUGGUGGAUCUCUUAUAUCGCCCCCAAGCAGCCCCGUCACUCAGUUGGAUUCUUUGGGAUCUGCCGCUGAGCCAGAGCCAGCUCCGGAAACCGAUCUGGCUGUGCUUCUGGGCGGAUCCCAGAAUCAUGUGGAGUCGGUGCAUGGGGGCGAUAUGUCUCCCGAGCCGGUAUAUGGGGAUGGAAUAGACUCAGCGCCUGAGGACGAUACGUCUUCCGAGCCAGAGUACCUCUCAAACACCGACAUCAUGUCCUACAUCCCGAUUCCCGGUGCCGACGAUGAGCGUCAGAGUCUCCUGGUGGAAAUGAGGACGCUUCUACAGAGCCCGCGGGCGCUGUACAGACAUAGAAAUCUGUACAGUCAAAUGAGCACUCAUGCGCUGACCGUCUCCCAGACCUGCUUACGCCGCUUCAUGAUGGCCCCUCGCACGGACUAUGAAGCUUUCCUUCGCCCAGCCGACAUUCAUUUACUGCUCCCCUCGCUCGCUGGGCUGAGAAUGCUUGCCGAAAAUCUCUUCAUCAUGCUGAGACAGGAGUGGGAGAACGUGAACGACCUCGUCCGGGAAGUGGAGUAUAAAUCGAUGGAGGACAACGUCGCGCCCAUAAUGCGCUUUGUUAACGUCGCAGACACGAUCGUCAAGAAACUCUACCUCGUCCAGCCGAUAGAGCUGCGAAUGUUCGAGGUAUUCUACAAUUUUUUCUUCGCGUGGUUAUACGACGAUUUCUAUACUUUUCGUAUAGCCCAAAUGCUGGCCGGGACCGAACCCGACCCGGAUCGCAUCGCCGUAACGAACACUAUAUUGGAGAUCUACCACUUCAUCAUAGGCACCCGGGACUACUACCUUACUCUCGCCGAGUCAAGUGACAGGAUACGCUGCGAAGUCUUGAUACCCAUGACCAGUCAAGUGCCCAAUGGUUCCAGGGUGUGGAACUACCUCCUCAACCGGAGCAAACGGAUGCUCAAAAGCCGCCAUGCUCGUGAUGAGCUCGAGCUCUCCCACAGACAGCAGGAACUGCAGGAACUGCAGGAGCUGCAGGCACGGAAUGACGCAUUCGCUGGUUUGGACCACCCCGAUGUGGAAAACCCCGUUUCCUGGCGCGUACACAGAGGCUGCGGGUCCUACGUGACACUUGUCGUUUGUGACACAUGA